AUGAGGUCCAUAAAAUUUUUAUUGCUAUUAUUUUUGAUGGCUGAAAUUCAGGGAUCCAUGGAUGAUGGCUCUGGAGACGCCUUCUACCCAGAUGACAUCGCUAUUGAAGGCUCCGGGGCUCCACCCCAUAACAUCUCCACUAUUGCUGAGGAACCAAGAGAAGGAGAAGCAUCCGGGGGACCAAUGAUUCCACCCCACCCAAAUAAGGGGUCAGGAUUUGAGUAUGGAGGGUCUGAUGACCCUGGACCUGAUUUUGAGGGCUCUGGAAAACCCGAAAAUCCUCAAACCGCCGAACCCCUACCCCCAGUCAUCGACGAUCUGAUUACUGGGAUUCCAGAAGAAUCCACGAUGCCACCAAAGGAUCCUGCCGAGUUUCAGACUCAUGAGGCGGAGCAAGAACCAGAGGAGGGACCAACAGGACCAACUACCCCAUUUGACAUUGACAAUCUGGAAACUGGAGUUCCCGAAGGUCCUACCAAAGAACCCUAUAUGCCAAAACCAGUGACCAAACCGAAACCAGGAAGUAAUCAAUCUGAAGAGGGUGUCACCGAUGGCUACUAUUCUUCCGGAGGUACAGAUUUCACAGAUUUCACAGAUGGUGGGUCUAGUGAGAUGCCAAUGGAGAGUAUUCCACCAGUUCAUUGGACCAAAUCAACGCCAAGAGAUUUCACAAUCAGUCAGAAGAUUGAUCAGAAUAGUCCCGGGUACCAACAGUUGCUGCAUAUGUUGGAGGACCUCGGACAUCGUCGAAAGCAGGAAGACAUCGUGCAGGCUACAAUGACGGAUUUCUAUGUUAGCCGAGCGACGAGUCUUAUGGAUACCAUUGAUAAUUCCUUCACAAACGUGGCGAUUUCCAACAUCACCAUGGCACAGGAAUACGUCAAAGGGCUGUUGGAAGACUCCUCAGUUUCAGUCCGCAACGCCUACACCGAAAUCGUGAAGCUAACCAAGGAGCCCAGUUUCUACUACAUUCCAAAACGGCAGAGAUACCUAAUGGUCCAUAAAAUAGUGACAGAUAUGGACAAGUCUGCUCAGCAAGAGAUGCUAGCUCUGAACAAGCAGGCAAAGACUUAUUGUCGGAAUGCAAACGUGGACACUCCACCAUACUCAUUGGGUAAUAUAUUCGGAAAUAUGUUGGCUAAUGGAGCUGUUCUAACGAAAUAA